UUUCUAAUUAGAAUACUACUCGAUAGCCUCGAUCGACACUAACAGGCCCACGAUUCCCUUCAGCUAUUGUUGAAUGGGUCAAAUCAACCUUUUGUAAUCUUUAAUUGACCUACUUCACAAGUUCCCGUUGCCUUCUCGGACAUGCUCUGGCGCAAUCUAGCUUUGCUGCUGGCUUCAGUCCUGAGCCAGCACCAUGUAGCCAUUGCGCAACCAACAUGGCCAGCCCCGACCGACGAGCUAGAGGACAUAAUGAUGUUGAACGACGGAUACCGCGCACGUCGAUUUGCAGAUGCCGUUACCCCAUGCUCCAAAGGCGCAUCCUCCGGCCGCUUCGCUGCCGCCGAAUUCAUACGAACAGCCUUCCACGACAUGGCAACAGGAAGCAUCUUCACAAACGUUGGAGGCCUGGACGGUUCAAUUGCCUUCGAGCUACGGAGCGGCGAGAACAUCGGAGCAGCUUUCGCGACGACACUCAGCACAUAUGCGCCGUACUUUUCGAACUUGAUAUCAUUGGCAGACAUCAUUGCAAUGGGAGUCUACACCGCGACUCGAGCAUGUGGUGGACCAAUUGUCCCUAUACGCGGAGGCAGGAAAGAUGCAACGACGGCCGGAUCUACGUCCGGGAUUCCUGUGCCGCAGAAUCCCAUUGGAACGUUCAGGAAUCAGUUUGAAAGGAUAGGAUAUACGCCUCAGCAGAUGAUCGCUUUGGUCGCCUGUGGCCACACGCUCGGCGCGGUGCACAUUGAGGAUUUUCCUGAUAUUGCACCAGGGUCAUUAGACACUACUCCGGACGUCUUUGAUAAUAAGAUUGCGACUGAGUUCGUUGGAAGGAAUUCAAAGGACCCACUGGGUACUUGGGGAACGAAGAAGAAUUCUGACUUCGUAGUGUUCACCUCGGAUAACAAUGCUACCAUCAACAGUCUAACGGACGCGCGAGUCUUUCAGGAUACAUGUAGGGACAUGUUCCAGAAGAUGAUCGAGGUCGUGCCCGCUAGCGUCGUCCUGUCAGAUCCAAUAGUACCGUACGAAGUCAAGCCUUCUCUAUUGCAACUUACGUUGCUGGACGGGGGAACUCAAAUACGAUUCACGGGAGAGAUUCGUGUCCGGACGACGAAUCGUUCAGUGAGUCGCGUUCAAUUGCUCUAUAAAGAUCGCAGCGGUUCGACAUCUUCAGAUCUUAUUGCCACCACGGUCAAGGGGACUGCCAGUGGGUUCGAUGAUACUUUUGCUUUCUAUGGAUUCGAAGUAACACUCCCCACUGCUUCUUCCAUAUCGACGUUCAACGUAAUCGUGCAGUCAGGCUCCGCGACCGAAAUCUUCGACAACAACGGCUCAGGAUUCAAAAUCGACGAUAGCGUUAUCUUCCAAGAACCCCAAAGUUGUCUCGAUGACUCUGGACAAUUGACUGCAGUUGCUGCAGUUAGAAAGGGGGCACAACCACCUCAGUUGAAUGUGAUCGUCAAAUCUCCUCGAGCAAGUCCCAAUCCGAUACCAUCUUUAUCAACAGCAACCGCUCCCAUGGCUUCUCAAUCCGCCGUCGGAGAAUACCAGCUAUACUCUGGCUCCUACACUUUCGCUGCAGGACAGGCUGAUGGCGCAUCUUUCGGCGUAUUCGCCGGCAGUGCUUCAGACAAGGACAAGAAGACCAAUAACUUACCAACAGCAUGCGUACCGCUAGACACAUCACCUCCCACAUCGACCCCAACACCUUCUACUUUCACGUUCCAAGGAUGCUACUCGGACAAUGCUGCAACUUCGCGUGCACUCUCCGGGCCCGUAUCCGCAGAUGACGCAAUGACGCUCGAGAAGUGCGUCGACUUUUGUUCAAAGUACCAGCUCUUUGGCCUAGAAUACAGCCGAGAAUGUUACUGCGGCAAUAACCUAGAUUCAUCGAGCAAGCAACUCGACAUCCUAGACUGCAACAUGCCGUGCGCAGGGAACCAGCAGCAAACCUGCGGUGCUGGUAAUCGAAUGAGCCUGUACAAGAACAACAACUACAUUGCACCGACGAAUCCGCCCGUCAAGGGCUACAAGUACUUCGGAUGCUAUAGCGAGGGCGCGAAUGCACGUGCGUUGGGAGGUGCAAGCAAGGCUUCUGGUGAUAUGAACGUUGAGAUGUGUUCAGAUUUCUGCAACGGCUCGAAUUACUUCGGCCUGGAAUACGGGCAGGAGUGCUACUGUGGCUCUGGCAUCCACGAGACUAGUACGAGUCAACCUGAUACUGACUGUUCGAUGACAUGUGCAGGUAAUAGCACUGAAUGGUGCGGCGCUGCGUAUCGACUUAACGUCUACCAGAAAGUUGGGACAGAGAAUUCGACGAGCUCUACUUCAAUCGAACCUACAUCAUCUUCGAGUCCUGGAACUACAACACCAUCAUCCAUAGCCUCCACAGCAACCACCUCCUCACCGAUCAACUCGAACAUCUUAUCAGAAACCAGCACCACCCUAAGCACCAGCACCACCCUAAGCACCAGCACCACCCUAAGCACCAGCACCACCCUAAGCACCAGCACCACCCUAAGCACCAGCACCACCACACCUCCCCCUCCGUCCAUCCCAACCCUCACAGGCUACACCUACGAAGGCUGCUUCCCCGACGACCCAGCCUCGCGCCUCCUCCGCGGCAAAAGCCGCGAAGACACCAGCAACACGCUUUCCAACUGCGCAACCUUCUGCACCGACUACCUAUACCUCGGCGUAGAAUACGGCGCCGAAUGCUACUGUGGCGCCCGCCUUCCAUCACCGCCCAUAAGCCCUGGCGACGACGCACAGUGCAACGUCCCAUGCCCCGGAAACGCAGCGAACGAUACUUCAACCUGCGGCGCAGGAUUCCGCAUCGCGGUGUUCAAGUCCAUUACCCCUUUCAACCCUACCAACCCGGUCGUGGAAGGGUACAACCACACGGGAUGCUUCGAGGACUCGGUGGGCGCUCGCCUCCUCACGGGCGCUACGUUCUUCGAUGGUGGGGGUAUGUCGGUUAGUAAGUGUGCGGGGCUGUGUAAGGGGUUCAGACUCUUUGGCACGGAGUUUGGAGGGGAGUGCUAUUGUGGCGAUGAGUUUGCGGGGGAGAAGAAGGAGGUUGGGGGUGAGGAUUGCGAGUUUGUGUGUCCGGGGGACAGUGGGGAGUUUUGUGGGGGUGCCGGGAGGGUGAAUGUUUGGGAGAGGGUGGGAGGGGGGAAUGGGACUGCGUUGGGGAGCAGGUAG